CUUCUACUCCGUGUUUAUUUCCGGAAGUAAGUUGUUGUCAGUAUCAGACUUUCCAUAAGGACUAAACCAAACCUCAUAUCUACAGCGCCGGAACCACAGGUGUGUCCUCUUCCACAGGAUGGCUCAUUGGUUUCACAGAAACCCACUGAAGGCGACAGCGCCGGUGUCCUUUAAUUUCUACGGAGUAGCAGGGAGCCCCGCCGCCAAUAAGAUAUGCAAUGACCUGAGGACCACCAGGGCAAGGCUGCUGGAGAUGUUCACCGAUGUCACCUGCAACCCUGAGAUCAUGAAAAAUGCCACCGAUGCAUACUUCUCCCUCCUACAAGGCUUUAUCUUAUCCUUGGAUGGAACUACACAGGAGAACAAGAUGAGGUUCAUCCAGAACUUCAAGUGGACCGACACCUUACAAGGAAACACACCAAGUGCCCAGCAGGAUGCAGUCUUUGAACUGGUCUCCAUGGCCUUCAAUGUAGCCCUGUGGUACACCAAGUUUGCCUCGAGACUAGCAGGAAAAGAAAACAUAACGGAGGCCGAAGCGAAAGAUGUUCACCGGAGCCUGAAAGUAGCUGCUGGUAUAUUCAAAAACCUCAAGGAAGUCCACAUCCCUCGUCUCAUCACCCCAGCCGAAAAGGGCCGAGACCUGGAGCCCAGAGUGAUGGAUGCAUAUAUCAUCCAGUGCCAAGCAGAGGCGCAAGAAGACCACACACUGAACACCUUGGAGCCAGAGUGCAGUAGCAAGUGGAGGAAGUAUCUUCAGCUGAAACAGCACUUUUACAUGGCUUAUGCGUACUGCUAUCAUGGACAGACACUGCUGGCGAGCGACAAGUGUGGUGAGGCUAUAAGAUCUCUCCAGGAGGCAGAAAAGUGUUACUCCCGUGCCGAGGCACUGUGUAAAGAGUACCGUCAGACCAAAGGCCCAGGCACCACAGCCAAACCAUCGGAGCAGCUGUUCUUCCUCAAACUGGGCGGCGUCAUCAAAAACACACUGGAGAAGUGCCAGAGAGAAAAUGGCUUCAUAUACUUCCACAAGAUCCCAGCUGAGGCGCCACAGCUGGAGUUGAAGGCAAGUUACGGCCUGGCUGAGCCAAUCACCUUCGAGCUGCCGCCUCUCAGCGAGCAGUGCUCCGCCGAAGUCUACGCAACCUUUGACCUGACCAAGGGAGCCAAAAAUGACAAGGCCAAACCCAAGGAGGAGGAGGUGAAACCAGUGAAGGAGCCCGAUUUGAAGCCUCAGAAGGACACCGGCUGCGUCGUCUCCUAAACUUCCCACAGAUUCCAUCUUCAGCCUCAUGCUUCAGUACCAUCUAUUGUAAUGAUGGAAUCCAUAUUUCUCUUCAUGUAAACCUCCAUUUUUGGUAAUAUUAAUCCAUAGUGUUUUACAUUUAUGCUGAAACAUGCGUAUUGUAUUUGGAUAUGACAGCCAUUAUCUUCACAUCUAAGCCAGAGCCAGACACAUCCCCCCUGACAGCUCAUAUAAACUAAUCCCAAAACAUAUAAAAGAUGGAAACUUCUUUUAGGUUAUUGUCAGCUGAAAGGAUGACCUUAAAUUAGGUCUUUACAUGAGGUCAUUUCAGGUAGAACGAUUAUAAAUAAGCCGUAUGUGGGUGAAGUAGUUCUACUAAUGGUGCCUUUGGCUGCAUUGUAAACCUGCUCACUGUGGCCCCUUACAGAAGUGUCUGCUUUUUAGCCUUUUUAGCACUCGAGUGCUCUGGCCUGAUUAUAGAUGACACAUACAAUGGAAGGUGGCCUAUUAGACAUGCUGAAAGUGGCUUCAGGAUAUGGAUCCAAAACAGAUAUUUAUAUUGAAUAUUUGCCACUACAAUGAAUAUGAUGCAGCCACCCAGGAUGGGUAAUGUAGGAAACUGCAUUCCCAUGAUCAGCCUGUAUGCUACAAUACUUUCAGAUGAUGUUAAUGCAAUUAAAGCUGAGAUUUGUUCAGAGCUGGGUCAACAGAAUUGAAAUGUGGACAGACAAAGACUGCAUGGGUUAUUGCUGGUGCAUUUGGUUUGUUUUAGCCGUAGCAGUUUACAAUCAAUAUUUGAUUUAGAUCACAUGAUGUAUGUACUGUAGAUCUUUUUGUACAUGACAUAGCUGUUUUUUUUCUACUUCUACUAUUCAUUUAAAUAAUCUUUACUACUGGAUGGGGCUGAAUCAUUCUUUAACAUACUUAGGGAUUCUGUGAUAUAUCCCUGUUGGUAGUAGUUCUUAAUUUAUUUCUAUUGUUAGGAUAUUUUAGUUGACAACUUUAGACACUUACAACAGUAUACAAUUCUGUGUAACUCCAAUCAAAUGUUUUUGGUGGUGUUGAUUUUCAUUUUGCUCUUGUAAACUGAGAGUGCUGCUGUCAAUAGUUUGACACAAUGUAUGUACUGUACAUGUAUUGAGUGUUAUCUCCUUCCUUAAAGACAAAGAUCGGGGCUUGAGCAUUGUAAGACACUGGGGGUGCGAGUACAUUUGUUUCUAAAACUCUCCCACUUUGAAAAUGAAGACGUUAAAGCAUACCUAUCAAUUGCUGAAAACUUGUACAAACUGUAAUAUACCGCUCACAUGUACUCAUUUAUGGCCCUACAUGUAUUUUAGCUAACCUCCCAGCUGUAGUGACAAGCUAACUUUCUCACUAAAUUUCCUGAUUUGAACACCAUUGCACUUUAUAUUCAGUUGUGAAGGGAUUUUAUUGGGGAUCUAAGCUGUUUAACCAUUGUUCAUUAUACCUGAACAGGGAAUUUAACCAAUCAGACCAAUGCUAGUCCUUUAUCCUUUUCAAGACAACUGUUUAUUAAAAGGGUGUGUCAGUCAGAUCACCAUUACAAUGUACACUCCUGAAGCUCAUUAUUCCUCCUCUAAUGGUGUCCUUCAUGUAAAAUGUAUUUCAAUCUCUAUUAAAUCAUCCAUAUAACACCAUUCUUCCACAA